CUGGCCAGGAUCCAGAUUCUUAGGGGACAGUCAUUUUGAUGGCAGUGGGGAGGGAGGAGAGGAAAUUUGGAACAUGAUGCAGCCAGUUGGCAUACGGCGCCGCGAGAGGGCUCUGGGCAGCUGGGUGAAGGAUGUGUGUCUCUCUGCAGGGGACGACUCCAUCAGCACCUUGGGCCUGCUCCUCUGCCUGGGGCUCUCGUUGCUGCUUGUGUCCAUCCUGGGCUACAGCCUGGCCAAGUGGUACCAGCGUGGGUACUGCUGGGAGGGGCCUAAUUUUGUCUUCAACUUGUACCAAAUCCGGAACAUGAAGGAUCUGGAGAUGGGUCCACUCUUCACCAUCAGGCCGGAUGGUGGCUCCAUGAAGUUCUCCAACAGGUUGGUCUGAUGAGGGCAGCAGCAGCUUUCUGGAGCCCCAGAGAGGUGAGUGGAAGGUUGGUGAGCUGAGUGAGUCUGAUGUCCCAGUGUGGUCCUCAGAUGGUCCAGGCACCCCAAGCCUAGCACCAAGGACUGCUUGGAACCCGGAGAUGAUUUGGUUCAUCCCCCGCCUCCUGGAGAGUGAGUGCUGUAGGGGAUGAUCUCAGGAAUGAAGGCCUGGGGUUGUGCUCUCUCCCACUCCCCAACUCCUGCUAGCCCUGGGCCGCUCCUUUUCCACUUGAACCAUGUCCUGCCUUUCUUUCCUGGGGAAGUUCUAUUUCUGAUCAGAUGGAAAUUUCUAGAAUAGAGCUUUGUAUCUCAGCCCUUUGCUCUGAGAUGAAGAUUCCAGAUGGCCACCCUCUCCAAGAAGCAUUGCUGUAGAGCUUCUGAACUUUCCGAACUUUCUAAGCCCAGGAGCCAUCCCUGUUUCCUGGCUGGCUGACCCUUUGGUCACACCUUUCCUCGCCCGCCUUCAAGCCCAUCCCUCUUCACAGCACAGUUGCUUUCUCCCAUCUAAACAUUUCCUCCCUCCAGCAGUCCCUCACAGACCCUCAGUUUCUCUCUCAUCUCUUCCCCACAGGACUCCACACUCACCUCUUCCGUGUGUUCCUCCCUCUGCCCUGAUGUGAUGGUUUAGAGGAAUCUUUCCCGAGACUCAUCUCUUUGUCACUUUCCCUUUUUUUCUUUCUG